AUGUUUAACCGACUUAGAAAGAAAAAGGAGGACAAGCCCUCUGCAAGCACAGGCAGAAAUGCUACUUCAGGUCUGCCUGCUAACAGUUCUAGCACCAAUGGUAUUGAUGAAGCUCAGGGUUUUCUUUGUCCGGUAUGUAUACAAAACUUUGCGUCUGCUGAGGCAGUUCAAGCUCACUUUGAAGAGCAGCACGGUGGCCAGGAUGGACCAGUCACAGAAGAUCAGGGAGAGGGUUUCUUGUGUCCAAUGUGUAAGAUGUCUCUAGCAUCACCAGAAGAUCUGCAGUCCCACUAUGAUACUGUGCAUCGAGAUAGUUCUCCUAUGCCAGUGCUGCCUCUUGUCAGCAAUGGAGAAAUCUCAGGAGUAGCAAUUCAAGAGCUGAGAAAGGAGUUAGAGUUGCUACAGAUUCAGCUUCGAGGCUCAGAAGAAAGUAGAACUUUGUUGGCUUCAGAGAUGUUUCACAGUGAGCAGAAGGUUACACAGCUCAACUUGCAGCUGGAGAGUCUCAAGUCAGACAAAGAGAAAGUCGAAUCUAAAGCUGCUCUGUUGGCUGGAGAAAUAGCCACAAUGAAAGCAAAGGUGGAUGAAAGUGAGGGACAGAGAACUGCACUGGAGGAUCAUAUCAGAACACUUAAG